CACUAAACAGAACUGAUCAGGAAUGAAAUCUGUCUUCAUCUCUUCUUUCUACCAGUUAAUGAAGCAGAUCAACCAACAGGAAGAGAAACAUCAGAGAGAAACAAAGGAGCUGGAAACAGAGUGGGAGAAGAAGCUCAAAGAGGAGGAGAAGAAAAGAGAAAGAGCUGAGAAAGAAGCGGAGACACUGAAGAGGAAACUGGAGACUGACUAAAAAACUCUGAUGAUUGAGGGAUAAAAUAUAAAUCUCAUAAAUCUAUCUGAUGUGAAAGGGCUAAUCUGUGGAUGUCGUCUCCUCCCAGUCAGAGGAAAUCAAACCUGAACAAACACAUCUACAGAAUCCUCUGACAAAGAAGAACAACCAGCAACAUUAUAGAUGAGAAACACAACGACUCAGAUCUUCCUGCAGAAACCACACGCUGCAGAGAAAGUCUCUGGAAACACUUGUCUCCAUUUUAAUGGAUAAGUCAAGUUUGAUGUGAACAUUGGUUUGUUUAAAGACUUUUACAAACAAGACAAAUGUGCAUCUGUUGUUUUUAUGAAGUAUCUUAAAAUUUCUUUAGAUAUCGGACCAAACUGACUUAUCUCUGUCUAUUAAAGCCACUGAAUAAUGACCUGAACACAAUGGUGCCUAGAUGAGAUGAGGAGAUGGGUUGUUAGUGCCAGACACCGGUAGAUUUUUGGCCAUAGAUUGUUUACAUAGCUAGAAAUGUCAAAGCUGAGUGAAAGCUAUGGAAGCUCAGCCCAGGGGAAACAGUUUCUGGAGAAUAUAAGGAGGAUAUAAGGAUUUUCAAGCUGAAACAAGUUGUUCUCUGGAGGCAACACAUGUUGAUAAGCUGUCUACCUACAAUACUCAAUAAACUUUGUUCUUCACGUCUGAGCCUGACUGGUCCAAAGUCUCAGUCUCCAGACAAACUGAAAUCUGUUUCCUGAAUAUCAGCUUUUACAGUCUUUAUUAUUUUAUAACUGGCAACACUGUCAAAGUUCACUCAGAAAACUGAACUGAUUAAAGUCAACACAUAACAUCUCCAUGUUGUUGGUUUGUUCACAUUUACAGGGAGAUCCUCGAUGGUAAUUUAGAAGUUUUUAUAUUAUUUGAAUCAAAAGCUGAAUCUAACAGAUGAAACCUUGUUAAUAAACCGGAGCUGGUUGAGGUCAGUGGUCGAUGGAGGAUUUCCAGAUGUGUUUGUUGACAGAAACUUCACUCAGCAGGACUCUCUGAUUCUUCAGAUGGAAGGUCUGUUCCUUCACUUCCUGCUCAGAACCAUCACCAGUUUGGUUUUCUGUCUCCUCCUGACUCACUGUUCUAAAGGUCAGUCUGAGUCAGUGGAUUCACUUCAACCAAUUAUAGCAAGAGUUGGUGAUGACGUUGUUCUACCGUGUCAAAUCAAGCCUUCAGUGGACGUUUCUGAAGCAACGUUGGAGUGGAAGAGGUCGGACCUCUACAUCCUGGUGUGGCGUAAUGGUGCAGACCUUACAAUGCAAAAAGAUCCGUCCUACAGAGGAAGAACAUCUCUGUUCCCUGAUGAACUGAAACAUGGAAACAUUUCACUGAAACUCUCUGACGUGAAGCUGUCUGAUAAAGGAACGUACAGAUGUUACAUUGUAGAGAUGAAUAGAGAGAUGUUUGUUGAGCUUGUUGUUGCUCCAGAUACAGCGGCCUCACCCGUCAUCAGUUUAUCAGGGAUGGACAGAGACAGAGGAGGAGUGGUGUUACAGUGUGAAUCCAGAGGCUGGUAUCCAGAGCCUGAGGUGUUGUGGCUGGACGCUGAGGGAAACCUGCUCUCUGCUGGA